GUCUCACUCUUUCUCAUGGAACCAGAUCGCGUCUCGUGGCUUCUCUCGGUUCUCUCGCUGCCUACAUCCAUGGUUCUCUCUCGGUGUUCCUGAGGAAUUUUUUAUGAGCAGCUCAUCCAUACAUCGUCUGUGUGUCUGGAUGAACCUCUGACUUUGUGCUCUUUCUUCUGAAGCCUUUAGUUCGGACUCUAGAAGCUAGCUUAGCAUGCUAGCUGGUAACAAGCUAGCAACACAGAGUGAGAGAAACGGGAAGUGGUGAUUUAGUAAACAUGAGUGUUGUGCUGCUCUCGUUGGUGAAGCAGCGACUCACUGCGGCUGCUGAAGACAUCUUUGUUCUGUUUGAAAGAACGAUAGCAAAGUACGAGGAGGAACUGUCUCGUUCAAAACAGGAGAACGAGAGACACCGGAAACUACUGGACGCUGUUUUACAGCCUCAGCUUCAGAUCCACAGAGCAGACUUCCAGCAGCUGGUGGUGGUUAAAGAAGAGGUUCCCCCUGCUCAGCAGGAGUGGAGCUCCAGUCUGGAUCGGGAGGACUCGGAGCCCCCCCAACACAUUAAAGAGGAACAGGAGGAACUCUGGAGCAGUGAGGAGGGAGAGCAGCUUCAAGCGCUGGAGGAGGCUGAUAUCACCAAGUCCAUAUUCAAUCCUGUCCCUGUGAAGAGUGAAGAUGAUGAAGAGAAACCUCAGUUCUCUCAGCUUCAUCAAAGACAAACUGAACACCUGGAAACAGAAGCUGAUGGAGAGGACUGUGGAGGACCAGAACCAGCCAGGAGCUCAGAUCCAGAGAGACAUUUACAACCAGAGACUGAGGACAACCCUGGAGACUCUUCUGAACCUGACACUGAAAACUCUUCUGAACCUGACACUGAAGACAGGGCUGAUUUGAAGGAGACCAGAGAACCAGGUUCAAACUCUCAGAAAAAUAAACAAGACCCUGUCUGUGAUUCAAGACGUAGUGCAGGAGAGAAACCAUUCAGCUGCUCAGUCUGUGAGAAAACUUUUGCACUGAGAGGAAAUGUAAAGCAACACAUGAGAAUCCACACAGGAGAGAAACCAUUCAGCUGCUCAAUUUGUAAGAAAUCUUUUGGACAGAGAGGACAUUUAAAGUACCACAUGAGAAUCCACACAGGAGAGAACCCAUUCAUCUGCUCAAUUUGUAAGAAAUCUUUUGGACAGAAAGGAGAUUUAAAGAAACACAUGAGAAUCCACACAGGAGAGAAACCAUUCAUCUGCUCAAUUUGUAAGAAAUCUUUUGGACAGAAAGGAGAUUUAAAGAAACACAUGAGAAUCCACACAGGAGAGAAACCAUUCAGCUGCUCAAUUUGUAAGAAAUCUUUUGGACAGAGAGGACAUUUAAAAUACCACAUGAGAAUCCACACAGGAGAGAAACCAUUCAGCUGCAGUGUUUGUGACCAAAGAUUCACCCGGAGAUAUCGGGUAAAACUUCAUAAGUGUGUUGGUCGUCAGUCCUCACAGCUUUAUCAAACUCAAACUGAGGAGAACAGAGAGGCAGAGCCUCCAGCCAGCAUCUCAGCUGAACACCUGGAAACAGAAGCUGAUGGAGAGGACUGUGGAGGACCAGAACCAGCCAGGAACUCAGAUCCAGAGAGACAUUUACAACCAGAGACUGAAGACAACCCUGGAGACUCUUCUGAACCUGACACUGAAGACAGUGAUUAUUGUUAGGUUCAAACUCUUUGAGUUAGUCCCAGUAAAUGUGUAUAACGCGAUACCUGCUCGAAAUGUGUUAAAACAUCAUUGCUCUAAGUGAAGUCUGAAUGUGCAUUAAAACAAAUAUUAAGCACAGAAACAAGUCCAUUGUGCUCUAAUGACACCAAAGUAACCAACACUUAUGGCGACACUGACAGAGAACCAGAGCCAGCCAAUAACAUGACUUUAGCUUCUCCUGACCCUGAAAUCAGUGGUGAUUGGAAAGAUCUGUUAUUCCGGUUAAACACUCUGAACCAGUGGUUCUCAACUGGUCAGGCCUUGGGAUGCACUUUUUUCCUUUGUCAAUAAAUCGCGACCCGACAUUUGCUUAUUUGCUUUUCAGCAGACAAAAUCAAUUAAAGUGAAGUACAGUGCAUAUAUCCCUUAUAUCCCUUCACGGAACUAAAGUAUGCUUUUAGGGUUAAAAAAAAAAGUUUAAUGAGAUGAUGGAAUCAAAGCUGAACUGUAUAACAUAAAAAGGCACACAUGCUGAAAACCCAACCCCAGCAGGGGCCAAUUUGUGGCCCCACGCAAAGUCAUAUGAUGAGGCCCUCCGUGUCGCAGCGGCAAAACUGUGCCGCGCUUACACUAAUUGCGCCGUAUAACGGUGCGCUCAGUUGAGGGGCCCCCUCCGCAAGAUGAGGCCCCCUCAGCGAGGUGAGGCCCCACGCAGUCUGCGUGAUCUGCGUGUAGGAAGGGACGGCCCUGCAUUCUGGUGCACUCUGAGAUUAGGCUACUACCCGACAUAUUAAUAAUAUUUGAUGCCAUUGUUUGUGUUUCACUUUGUUCUGAAGCUGAACUUGCUGCUCCUCACAGAGAGAAGAGUAAAGAGGAGAUAGUCUGUGUGAAUUACUUAUUGUGGGUAAGAGUAGAGAGCCCCCAUUGUACUGUGACCUGUCAAUCAUCAAACCGGGGCUCAUAUUUCAUUAUGUGUUCAUUUGUAUCUGAAGUUGUACCCAUGGGUGUAUCUGAGUGUGGGAAAAUAUUACACCUGAAAGACAGUCUGAAGAGACGUGAGAAUUCACAUGGGAGAAGCCAUUUGGUUGCUCAGUUUGUGACCAAAAACAUAGACAUAAAAACCAAAGUGAAUCUCCCUUUGAACAAGAAAAAUCAACGGCUGAUCUCUUAUCGUUUAGUUGAUAUCACUAGCUAAUGUGAGUUACAUUUCAUCCUGAUGCUUUUGAAGAAUCGUUGUUAAUAAAGUGAACUCUUUUUGAAAAGGAA